AUGUAUUGUUUUUUUUUUCUUUUUAGUUUUGAUACUGAUGACAAUUUCAAAAAGCGGGCUUACAACCGCGUUGUUACACUCCAAAAUGGAACAACAGAGUCAAUUAGAGCUUGGAAACUCAUAUGUGAUGUUUCGCGAAAAGAAUUUCAGAAAAUUUAUGAUCGCUUAGACGUAACAAUUAAUGAACGUGGCGAAUCAUUUUAUCAGUCACGUAUGGUGUCGGUAGUUGAAUUUCUGCGAAACAAGGGGUUUCUUGAAUUAGACGACGGGCGGGAAAUCAUGUGGCCUGAUGACAGUAAGAGUGGCAUUCCGUUGACCAUUGUGAAAUCGGAUGGUGGAUUUACAUACGAUACCUCUGAUAUGGCAGCCAUUAGACAUCGAAUUGAAGAAGACAAUGCCACUUGGAUAAUUUAUGUUGUGGAUUCUGGACAAAGCACCCACUUUAAGGCAAUUUUCAAGGCUGCAGAGCGUUGUGGUAUUUUAAAUCCAGAAGUCCAUCGUGUUGAUCAUGUACAAUUUGGAGUGGUGCUAGGAGAUGAUGGCAAAAAAUUUAAGACACGAUCCGGUGAUACUGUCAAACUAUCAGACCUGCUGGAUGAGGGGUUGAAGUAUUCUCUAAAGCAGUUGCAGCAGAGAGGUCGUGAUAAGAUAUUAACACCUAAAGAACUGCUCGAAGCUCAAGAAGCGGUGGCAUAUGGCUGUAUAAAGUAUGCAGAUUUAUGUCAUAACCGUAUAAGCGAUUACAUAUUUUCCUUUGAUAAAAUGCUUGACGAUCGUGGAAAUACGGCUGUAUACUUGUUAUACACGUAUAGUCGUAUUUGUUCUAUUGCUCGUAGCUCCGGAAAAGAUUUUAGCAAUGUGGGAGAUAUUUUAGAUAAAUUUACUAUAGAACUGAUUCACGAAAAAGAAUGGAAACUUGCAAAAACACUACUAAAAUUGCAUGAUAUAUUAAUUAAAUGUGCAAAUGGUUUAUUUCUACACUUUUUAUGUGAGUUUUGCUAUGAAGUUUCCGUUGUAUUUACUGAAUUCUAUGAUAGCUGUUAUUGCAUUGAAAAAAACGACGCUGGGCAAAUUAUUAGUGUAAACCACAGUAGAAUUUUAAUAUGUGAGGCAACUGCGGCCGUAUUAAGAAAAUGCUUCUAUAUAUUGGGCUUAAAACCUGUAACGAAAAUGUAGUACUAAGACUAACAAUGUAU